CUCGCAGCUCUACCUCCGCCGGUCCCAACUCCACAUCCGCACUCAUUCCCGUCAUGAAUCCCCUGAGGACAUGUUCGUUUGUGAUCAGUCUUCGAAUUUUAAUAGCGAUCGAACUGCAAGUGGAUACAAAAUAUUACACAGGUUCAGCAGAGGUUGUAGUCGACUACAUGGACCCAUGCAAAGCUGCUGCUUUUCUGGGGGACAUAGCUUUAGACAAGGAGGACUUGCGUUUGCUAAAGGUGAAAUAUAUGGUUGCUGCACUGAACACCUCUUCUAACUUUUCUUUACCUGAAUCAGAAAACAGAUCCUCAGCCAAUAGCAAUACAGAGGGUGACCCAGUUUUGGCCAGUCGAAGCUUCCUACGCAGACGCAGAGCCGCGACAGCCAGGCCUGAGAGAGUUUGGCCAGAUGGCAUAAUCCCCUAUAUUAUUAGUGGCAACUUUAGCGGCAGCCAGCGAGCCAUUUUCAAGCAAGCCAUGCGACACUGGGAGAAGUACACCUGCGUGACCUUCAUGGAAAGAACCACAGAGGAAAGCUACAUCGUCUUUACCAUCCGGCCAUGUGGGUGCUGCUCUUUUGUCGGAAGGAGGGGUGGAGGUCCCCAGGCUAUCUCCAUUGGCAAAAACUGUGACAAGUUUGGCAUCGUGGUGCAUGAACUAGGACAUGUCAUUGGCUUCUGGCAUGAGCACACGCGACCGGACCGGGAUGAGCAUGUGGAUAUAUUUAGAGAAAACAUCCAGCCUGGUCAGGAGUACAAUUUUGUUAAAAUGGAGCCAGAUGAUGUGGAUUCCCUUGGCGAGGUUUAUGACUUUGACAGCAUCAUGCAUUACGCCAGAAACACAUUUUCCAGGGGCAUCUAUCUUGAUACCAUGCUGCCAAAAUAUGAUGUUGAUGGAGUCCGACCUCCUAUCGGACAGCGAACAAAACUGAGCAAAGGGGACAUCGCUCAAGCAAGAAAAUUAUACAAGUGUCCAAGAUGUGGUGAGAGCCUCCAGGACAGCACUGGAAACUUUUCUUCCCCUGGGUUCCCGAAUGGAUAUGCUGCAUAUCUUCACUGUAUAUGGAGGAUAUCGGUCACGCCUGGGGAGAAGAUCAUUCUGAAUUUUACCUCAAUGGAUUUGUACAGAAGUCACUUGUGCUGGUACGACCAUUUGGAGAUCCGUGAUGGAUACUGGAGAAAUGCACCACUGAAAGGCCGUUUUUGUGGUGACCAGAUUCCCGAGGCCAUCGUGUCUACUGACAGUCGACUGUGGAUUGAAUUCCGCAGCAGCAGUAAUUGGGUGGGAAAGGGCUUUUCUGCAAUCUAUGAAGCUAUUUGCGGAGGUGAAAUGAGAAGAGACAGUGGCCAGAUUGAGUCACCUAAUUACCCUGACGACUAUCGGCCCAAUAAACUGUGCAUAUGGAAGAUUAUAGUGCCACAGGGGUUCCAUGUGGGCCUCAGCUUCCAGUCCUUUGAGAUUGAGAAACAUGACAGCUGUAGUUAUGACUACCUGGAAGUGCGAGACGGCGAUUCCGAAAGCAGUCCUCUUCUUGGCCGCUUCUGCGGCUACGAAAAGCCAGAUGAUGUCAAGAGCAGCUCUAACCAGCUGUGGAUGAAGUUUGUAUCUGAUGGCUCUGUGAACAAAGCUGGAUUUUCAGCCAAUUUCUUUAAAGAGAUCGAUGAAUGCUCCAGGCCUGAUGAAGGUCACUGUGAGCAACGUUGUGUCAACACUCUGGGCAGCUACCACUGUGCCUGUGACCCGGGUUUUGAGCUCGCCCCUGACCGCCGCAGCUGUGCAGCAGCUGCCUGUGGUGGAUUCAUCAGCAAACUCAAUGGCUCCUUUACAAGUCCAGGAUGGCCGCAGGAAUACCCCCCCAACAAGAACUGCUUGUGGCAGCUCAUAGCCCCCACACAGUACCGCAUCACACUGCUGUUCGACACCUUUGAGACUGAGGGAAACGAUGUUUGUAAAUAUGAUUAUGUUGAGGUGCGUAGUGGUCUGUCCGCUGACUCAAAGCUUCACGGGAAGUUCUGUGGUACAGAGAAACCAGAGGCAAUCACCUCACAACAGAACAGCAUGCGUGUUGAGUUCAAAUCAGACAACACUGUGUCCAAGAGAGGCUUCAAAGCUCAGUUCUUUUCUGACAUGGAUGAGUGUUCGAGGGAGAAUGGAGGCUGCCAGCAUGAGUGUGUUAACACGUUUGGAAGCUACAGCUGUCAGUGUCGCAGUGGCUUUGUGUUGCACAGCAAUAAACAUGACUGCAAAGAAGUGGGUUGUGACCAGGUCAUUACUCGUGUCUCUGGUACUAUCACAAGUCCAAACUGGCCUGAUAAAUACCCCAGCAAGAAGACAUGCACCUGGACUCUAUCCACCACCCCAGGCCACCACAUUAAACUGGCUUUUGACGAAAUUGACAUGGAGGCCCAUCAGGAGUGCACCUAUGACCACUUGGAGAUAUAUGACGGUACAAACGGCAGAGCGCCCAGUUUUGGUCGCUUUUGUGGAGGCAAGAAGCCAUCCCCAGUUAUUUCCAGCAGCAAUAGUAUGUUUCUGCUAUUCUUUUCGGAUAACUCGGUACAGAAGAGGGGUUUUAAGGCCACUCAUUCAGCAGAAUGUGGUGGAAGUCUGAAGGCAGAGAUAAAAACCAAGGAUCUCUAUUCCCACGCUCAGUUUGGUGACAACAACUAUCCCGGAGCGUCAGACUGCCAAUGGGUGAUCUCAGCGGAAAAGGGCUAUGGGGUGGAGCUCAUCUUUCACACCUUUGACAUUGAAGAGGAAGCUGACUGUGGAUAUGAUUAUGUGGAGCUGUUUGAUGGGGCUGAUGUCAAAGCGCCCAGGCUGGGCCGCUACUGUGGGUCUGGGCCACCAGAGGAGAUCUACUCAGCUGGAGAUGCCAUUGUCAUCAAAUUUCACUCAGACGAAACCAUCAACAAGAAAGGUUUUCAUGUUCGGUACACAAGCACUAAGUUCCAGGACACCCUACACACUAGUAAGUGAGUUAUUUAUGGCAGAAGAUCUCAGAAGAACACAACUAUGGGGCUUCAAUUCUUCUCAUGCACCUGUGUUAGUGAUGCCACCUCGUGGAAAUUUUAGCGGUGUCAAAACCUUACUCCAUAUCCUUUCAGCUAAAAGCUUGGAGGACAACACUGAUGCUGGGAAAUGACAAUACAUUGCCCAUUAUUCUUCAAAUGAUCCAUUGCAAACUCUAAAACUAUUGGAAAAGGAGCAUCAGACUGCCAGAUAUUCUCAUUAUGGUGACCCUUGUUGAAUGCAAGUAAAGAAGGAUGUACGAUUUUGAAAAAAUUGAAAAACAAGGAAAAUUCUCUGAUUUGUGCUUUCUUUCCAGACAAAUUUCCCAUUCCACCAAGGCCAGUAUCUAAAAGUCUAUUUUAUAAAAAAAAUGUAUAAAAAAAGAAAAAAAAAAGAAGCAGCCCUUCAUAAUGGAAUGCUUAAAUCACAAUUCACACAUGUCCAGAAUAUCAUUCAAUGAUAAUGUCAAUGAUCAUCUUUUGUAAAAAACAAUUCUAGCACUGUUCCUUACACAAACGUUGUACAUGAUUAUUCAGACUGCUAGACUUGUUUUCAUUUUACAUGAAUGUUCAUUUAAAUUAUAUGACAUGAAAUUGUCCUCCUUAAAGGUGCACUCACUCAAUUGUUGUUUGUCAUCUUGGACUUACAGUGAUCCAUAGUGUAGUGGAUGCAGCAUCAUUACAGAUGCCAUUGUAGAAAUUCAGUAUUCACAGUUGGCCAUGACUGAUUUAAUUCAAGAGUGAAAGUGUCCACUAACAGGGCGGUUACUGAGAUUAAGCCAGUAUUAUUCAACUGUCCAUGUGAUGCUAGCGUGGCAGCCCCCAUGAGGGGACCCUCUCUAUGUAGAUUAAACAGCUUUUUUUAAAGGUUAUACUGACUGGAAUCUUCAUCUAAUGUGAAUGGUCAUAAUAUUAUACAUGCCUCAAAAUUACAAUUAAUUUCUUUAGGAGUAGAACGUUUUAAUGAGGAGUGUACCUUUAAGUGUUGAUUUGGAAGACAAUAAAUGUUAAUUAACUAAUAAAAAUGA